AUGACGCGGGCCGUUUGUGGGGUCGGGAUUCGAACACUUGUCUGGAGAUGCUGGGCCAGUGAAGGUGGGCAAAGCUUGGAACUGCGUCGGUCCUCAAUGGAAGGGGGAGGGGUGCCGAGGAACCAAAGCAAGGAAUAUGUUCAUUUCGGGACAUUUUCUUUUCUCAUUUCAGAUGACUACACACUGCAUGGUCCAAUUUUCAUUCAAGAACCAAGUCAUGUAAUGUUCCCUUUAGACUCUGAGGAGAAAAAAGUGAAGCUCACUUGUGAAGUUAAAGGGAAUCCGAAACCUCACAUCAGGUGGAAGUUAAACGGAACAGAUGUUGACAUUGGUAUGGAUUUCCGCUACAGUGUUGUUGAAGGCAGCUUGUUGAUCAAUAACCCCAAUAAAACCCAAGAUGCUGGAAUGUACCAGUGCAUAGCAACAAACUCGUUUGGAACAAUUGUUAGCAGAGAAGCAAAGCUUCAGUUUGCUUAUCUUGAAAACUUUAAGCCAAGAACAAGAAGCACUGUGUCUGUCCGCCAGGGUCAGGGGAUGGUCCUGCUCUGCGGCCCACCAGCCCAUUCUGGAGAGCUCAGCUAUGCCUGGAUUUUCAAUGAAUACCCCUCCUAUCAGGAUAAUCGCCGCUUCGUUUCUCAAGAGACUGGGAAUCUAUAUAUUGCCAAAGUAGAAAAAUCAGAUGUUGGAAAUUAUACUUGUGUGGUUACAAAUACAGUGACAAACCAAAAAGUCCUGGGACCACCCACACCACUGAUAUUGAGAAACGAUGGGGUGAUGGGCGAAUAUGAACCAAAAAUAGAAGUGCAGUUUCCAGAAAUGGUCCCGACCGCAAAGGGAACAACGGUGAAGCUGGAAUGCUUUGCAUUAGGAAAUCCAGUACCAACUAUUAUCUGGAGAAGAGCUGAUGGAAAGCCGAUAGCAACCAAAGCCAGAAAACACAAGUCAAAUGGGAUUCUUGAAAUCCCCAAUUUUCAGCAGGAGGAUGCUGGCUUGUAUGAAUGCGUGGCUGAGAAUUCAAGAGGGAAAAAUGUAGCAAAAGGACAGUUGACUUUCUAUGCUCAACCGAGCUGGAAUCAAAAAAUAAAUGACAUCCAUGUGGCCAUUGAAGAAAACGUCUUCUGGGACUGUAAAGCCAAUGGAAGGCCCAAGCCUACAUACAGGUGGCUGAAAAAUGGCGAACCACUGUUAACUCGGGAUAGAAUUCAUAUCGAGCAAGGAACACUCAACAUAACAAUAGUGAACCUCUCAGAUGCCGGCAUGUAUCAGUGUGUGGCAGAGAAUAAACACGGAGUUAUCUUUUCCAGCGCAGAGCUUAGUGUGAUAGCUGUAGGUCCAGAUUUUUCAAGAACCCUCUUAAAAAGGGUAACUCUUGUCAAAGUGGGAGGUGAAGUUGUCAUUGAGUGUAAGCCAAAGGCUUCUCCGAAACCAAUCUACACCUGGAAGAAAGGAAGGGACGUAUUAAAAGAAAAUGAAAGAAUUACCAUUUCUGAAGAUGGAAGCCUCAGAAUCAUCAAUGUGACUAAAUCAGAUGCUGGAAGUUACACCUGCAUAGCCACUAACCAUUUUGGAACUGCGAGCAGUACUGGAAACCUUGUAGUGAAAGAUCCAACAAAGGUAAUGGUACCUCCUUCUAGUAUGGAUGUCACUGUUGGAGAAAGUAUUGUUCUGCCAUGCCAGGUAACACACGAUCACUCGCUCAACAUCAUAUUCACUUGGUCAUUUAAUGGACGCCUGAUAGACUUUGACCGAGAUGGGGACCACUUUGAAAGAGUUGGAGGGGAUUCAGCUGGUGAUUUGAUGAUCCGAAACAUCCAGCUGAAGCAUGCUGGGAAAUAUGUCUGCAUGGUCCAAACAAGUGUCGACAGGCUGUCUGCCGCUGCCGACCUGAUCGUGAGAGGUCCUCCAGGGCCCCCAGAGGCCGUGACUAUAGAUGAAAUUACAGACACCACGGCUCAGCUCUCCUGGAGACCUGGGCCUGACAACCACAGCCCCAUCACCGUGUAUGUCAUUCAAGCCAGGACUCCAUUCUCCGUGGGCUGGCAAGCAGUCAGCACAGUCCCAGAACUCAUUGAUGGGAAGACCUUCACAGCCACUGUGGUGGGUCUGAACCCCUGGGUCGAGUAUGAAUUCCGCACAGUUGCAGCCAACGUGAUUGGGAUUGGGGAGCCCAGCCGGCCCUCGGAGAAGCGGAGGACAGAAGAGGCCCUCCCCGAAGUCACCCCAGCUAACGUCAGUGGUGGUGGAGGCAGCAAAUCUGAACUGGUUAUAACGUGGGAGACGGUCCCUGAGGAGUUACAGAACGGCAGAGGCUUUGGUUAUGUGGUGGCCUUCCGACCCUAUGGCAAAAUGAUCUGGAUGCUGACGGUGCUGGCCUCCGCUGACGCCUCCAGAUACGUGUUCAGGAAUGAGAGCGUGCGUCCCUUCUCUCCUUUUGAGGUUAAAGUGGGUGUCUUCAACAAUAAAGGAGAGGGCCCUUUCAGUCCCACCACGGUGGUAUAUUCUGCAGAAGAAGAACCCACCAAACCACCAGCCAGCAUCUUUGCCAGAAGUCUUUCUGCAACAGACAUUGAAGUUUUCUGGGCCUCCCCCAUGGAGAAGAAUAGAGGUCGGAUACAAGGGUAUGAGGUUAAAUAUUGGAGACAUGAUGACAAAGAAGAAAAUGCUCGAAAAAUACGAACAAUAGGAAAUCAGACAUCAACAAAAAUCACCAACUUAAAAGGCAGUGCCCUGUAUCAUUUAGCUGUCAAGGCAUAUAAUUCUGCUGGGACAGGCCCCUCCAGUGCGACGGUCAAUGUGACAACCAGAAAGCCGCCGCCAAGUCAACCCCCUGGAAACAUCAUAUGGAAUUCAUCGGACUCCAAAAUUAUCCUCAAUUGGGAUCAAGUGAAGGCCCUGGAUAAUGAGUCAGAAGUAAAAGGAUACAAAGUCCUGUACAGAUGGAGCCGACAGAGUAGCACAUCUGUCAUUGAAACAAACAAAACGUCGGUGGAGCUUUCUUUGCCUUUUGAUGAAGAUUAUAUAAUAGAAAUUAAGCCAUUCAGUGAUGGAGGAGAUGGCAGCAGCAGUGAACAGAUUCGAAUUCCAAAGAUAUCAAAUGCCUAUGCAAGAGGAGCCGGGCCGUCCACUUCAAAUGCAUGCACGCUGUCGGCCAUCAGCACCAUCAUGAUCUCCCUCACAGCAAGGUCCAGUUUAUGA